GGGGAGGGCCUGGUAUGUAGUUGUGUUCAGUGUCACGGACGCACCUGAGAGAGGGAAGGUACCACUGGCAGAAAUAAAAAUCAGCAUGUCUUCAGAUGAUUUUGAACCUGAGAAGGGGGACACUGUAUCCUCAAAACUGCUUAAGAAGACUAAGGAAUCUCCCUUUGUCCCAAUAGGAAUGGCUGGGUUUCUGGCUACAGUGGCCUAUGGCGUGUACAGGAUUCGCAGCAGAGGCCAGCAGAAGAUGUCCGUGCAUAUUAUUCACACAAGAGUCGCCGCUCAGGGAUUCGUGGUUGGCGCUAUGACCUUUGGUGUAAUAUAUUCCAUGUAUAAAGAAUACAUCAAACCGCGUUUCAGCGAUGAGUAAGAGAAGUGACUUCUCCAGUGUAAUGACCACAAGGUGUUCCCAAGAUCAGACGUCUUCAGUUUGGCGCUGCCUGCCACUAGUGCCACAGAACAAAAUUGAAUCGCACUGUAACUAGUAGGGAUGCACCUAAUCCACACUUGGGUUGGAUCUGUCUGAAUCCUUAGAAUUUAGCUGAACCCCAACCCUUUGCCUAAGUGAGCAUUUAGCAACUGAUGACGUUUGUUCAUGGGAUGAUGCCAUUUUGCUCAAUCGUGAGUGCAAUUUAGGGUUUAGAUUCAGUAUGUGGUCAGAUCUUUCGUUAAACAUUCAGCAUUCAGCAAACACAAACCUUUUGGAUUCUGUGCAUUCCUACUAGGUAGUAAUGUUGUGCUUUUAAACAAAUUCCCCAAAUUUUUAGAACAAAUAUUUCCUUGUUUAAAGUAACUCACUGCUCCAUCCCAAAUGAUGAUGUAAAGCUGCCUUAUGUGUGGGAAAGCGAUCAGUUUUAUUUUAGUAAGACUAAUGUCACACUAGGAGAUUUGCCAGCACUUUGUAGCUGCAACUUUUAUUUUGAAAAUUGCCCUUAGAUUGUAAGCUCUUGGGAGACGGGCCCUCUGAUCCUAUUUUUAUCCUGUAACCUUCGUUUGUUAAAUUGUUGUAUGACCCCUGUUUGUUAUAAAUGAAUGUAAAGUGCACUAUAUAAAUAAAUGAUGAUGAUGACUCUGAA